AUUUGAAGUCCUAAGUUUUACUUCUAGGUGGUAGGUGUCCGCUCACACACACACAACUGGUCAUUUAGUGGUCAUUUCGUGGAUUCGUCGACUCAAGAGCCACAUCACACUAUAUUCGCUAUCGAUUGUACUAGAUGUUCUAAAGUAAUUGAAACUACUUGCAACAAUGGACUACGCAUACCGAGUCCUGAGGAAUAUGAGAUAUUUUUAUAACACCAUCAAUCCGGCAACUCUUUCAGGAGCCAUUGAUGUGAUUGUGGUGGAACAACCGGAUGGCGAGUAUAAAUCUACUCCAUUUCAUGUACGCUUUGGAAAAUAUGGAGUGUUUAGUCAUAGCGACAAGUAUGUCGAUAUCCAAAUCAAUGGUGAAGAAAUUGAUUUGAAAAUGAAACUUGGCGACAGUGGGGUUGCGUUUUUCGUUGAAGAGGCAGAUGGACAACAAGAAGUACCGUCUUAUAUGCUGACGUCGCCGCUACCCGAACCGGGUACGCCUAUGCAGCAAAGCAUAGAUGAGGUAUUGACGGAAAGCGCAAAAAUAUUGGGUGAGAAGAAGACAGAAAUAGAGGUUGAACGAAAGAAAAGCACAGUAAAGGAGCCGGUCGGUCCUGAUGCUACAAGAAGUAGUCAGGAUGCGAAACAAGAGCAGUCCCUGCAAGAGGUGCAAAAGAUGAAAGGAAAGAUGCCGUUCAACUCUUCUGUAUUCAGCAUUAGGAAAAAUAGAUCUUUACCAGACCUUCAGUCCUUAGCAGCGCAUGCGAGUGGGUAUCAUUCGGAUGGUGAGGCAAAACCACCUAGUACGGUACCAAAAAAAUUCCCGUCAAAGCUCCUCCGACAUUCCAAAUCACAAGCAUUCGAUAAAAGUUUGAAGCGAGAGAAGUCUUUGGAUGAUCUGGAUACGCCCAGGACUGCUGUUCAGCGACGGAAGAAGAGCCGAAUCUCUUUUCAACCCAUCAGCAUCAAAGUGGAUACUGAGUCCGAUUCUGAAGGUUCAUCUUCCAUGUCAUCUAGCCCCACUCACUCAAUUCUGGAUGCUCAUGAUGUGGAUCAUAUCGCAGAUGGAGCGCUUUCCGAUUCAGAAGUAGACAGGCAUAGGAACACGCCUGACCCGCAUGCCAACGACGUUACGGACUGGAAAUGGGGUCAAAUUCCCGAGACACGAGAGAAUAAAUUGAAGCAAGAACAAGCCAAAGCAGCUGAUACCCUGAAACCAAAAGAAGAAUCUUCUGGUUGGACGUGGUUCCCAUGGGGUCAUCGUUCAUCACCCGCCCCAGCUGCUCGCCAAGCCGAAGAAGGCAUAUCGUUAGAUGAGCUUUUUAGUCCUGAUGCUGCCUCGGAUCCGUCAAAAAUCCAGAAAUACCUAGGAAAGACGAAUAGCACUGCGGUUAGUAUUGACAGUGGACAUGCUUCACGUGGCCCAUCACAGCCUUCAAGUCCCUCAGUCGGGAUGGAAGAGCCGAACUUGGCAGAUAAGACUCCUACCCAAGAAACCGCUAUCGCGACCGCUAUCGAGCAUGAAAAUGAACGAACGCGCAAUGUCAGUGAUGGAAGAAGUGCGGUUAGCAGCGAAGACAUAUUCCCAUUAAGCGAGGACGAGAUUGAAGAUGUGAAGGAGAAAGACGCAGAAUUGCGGCCCGCGUAUAUGCUUUCUCUUCGAUUGUCUUCUGAGAAGUUGAAAGCUCUUGGCUUGGUUUAUGGUGCCAAUGAAUGCAGGUUCAGCAUCACUACGAAGUUCCAGGGAACGUCCUGGUGUAGCUGCAAUAUUUAUCUCUACAAAUGGUAUGAAAGGAUUGUGAUCUCCGAUAUAGACGGUACGAUAACGAAAAGUGACGUGCUGGGCCAUGUUAUACCCGCCAUUGGAGGAACUUGGGCUCAUGCAGGAGUGGCUGAGCUCUAUAGUAGGAUUAAAAACAAUGGCUACAAGAUGGUCUAUCUGUCGUCUCGAGCCAUAGGGCAAAGUCAUACCACGAAGCAAUAUCUGAAAAGUAUUGCUCAGGACUCCAAACAAUUGCCCGAUGGGCCAGUGUUGCUAUCACCCACUAGCGUCCUGAUUGCCUUCAGAAGGGAAGUGAUUGAACGUCGGCCAGAAGAAUUCAAAAUCGCUGCUUUGAGUGAUCUGAAGAAGCUGUUUCCGGUCAAGCAACCAUUCUUCGCUGGUUUUGGCAAUAGGGAGACGGAUGUCACAUCUUAUCGUGCUGUUGGUAUAAUGCCAGCUCGUAUACUUAUUAUCGACCCAUCCGGACGAGUUCGACGCUCGGAUUCUGUUGGUUACGUUAGCAGUUACUCCUCGAUGGCGACUGAAACUGUGGAUUAUUUGUUCCCGCCAUUAAUGAAAAGCGUUACAAGCCGCAGUUCCUUCAACGAUCUUUCGUCAGGAACAUUGCAACCGACCUGGACAAAUCCAUUAGAGUGCAGUUCAUACACUUUCUGGAAAUCACAAAACGGCCAAUCAAAUGUCACUGAUGAAGAUUUCGUAGCUUACGAGGCAAAACGAAAGGAAGCUGCUGAGAAAGCGAAGAAGAAGUAGUUUCUGCGUUAAGCUGCCGUUAAGUGCUCAUUGUUAAUCGUUGCUCCUUAAACUCAGAUCUGAACUUCUCACAUGCCCAUUUUUCAGUCACUGUGCACGGAUAUUCAUUGUUGAGGGUUUGAUUCCAGAUUCCUGUUCACAAAGUACUGGUCUGUUCAGCUUGAUAUGGGUUUAGAAUAUUUCCUUUCGCACAUCCCUCAUCAUUCGAUACAUUCACUAAUCUAGGGUAAUUAGUAAAUUGUUAGUGAUUUGCAUCGGAUGAUAUGUGUAGUACAAUUCUCCCUCACGGUGUUGCCUCAUUCAAUGGUCUUUCUACUUUAAGCCACCCCAUAAGUGGCCUUUCACAGUCGCUUAUACUCGUUCUCGCUCUUCUGAGUCAUUAUUGCGUAUGCUCAACAGGUUAGUGUUCGUAGUUUAGAGAUUGUAAUCUAUUUUUAUUUGUGAACCCAUUCCAUAGAAGCCAUUACAAAAAAAGUUCCAUGCAUCUUAGUUUCAUAGUUUUUUGCUUGAAUGCUACAACUUCUAUACUUGCUUCUCAUUAUUCAUAUUUUCCUUUGACGGCUCUAGAUAGGGUAUUUUGUUUCACUGCGUUUUGUUAUCGCAUGUAUGGUAGAUUAACAUAUAUGAUUCGAUUCUUAUACAUCAUCCCUACCGUCAACAUUCUUGCGGUUUAUGUACUCGUUUUAUUUUUUGUGGUAUUACUCGAUAUCAAGGUUUGAAAAAUGCUAUAUUUGCAAAAAAGUCAUUCUUAUCUCAGCUACUAAACGGUCAAUGUUUUAAGAUUUUAUAAGAACCCAUAAAAAUCUUGGAUUUCGAAUUGUUGUGUUUCUUUGUGUAUUUCGGUACUACAGGUGCACUCGGAAAACGUAUUGUUAUGGGAAGUUGAAUAAAGGGUGCUCGCUU